UUAAAAUAAACCGCUAAAAGACAAAAAAAAAUCCAAACAAAACGUAAGCUAUAAUAUAAUAUGUGACCAUAUAAAAUAUCGAUUAGAACAAUAAGAUGAUUUAAACGGGAUAAUAAAAUCGAGAAACUCGAAAUAAAAAAAGCGCAAAAUUUUGAAAUACGCGAGAUGAAAUCGGCUUGAACAGUCGCGAAGCUGUGAAUUAAAAUGUUUUAAAUUCGUACGUACGUAUAUCAACUGUGUUGUGUUUGCAAAAUGCUAACAAUGUCCGCGCUAAUGAUGCCCACACCCACAAUGACGACGAUGACGAACGCCGGCCCGAUCCCCGUAGCCACCACGGCCAAGCUGGAGCCGGCCAAGCUAUUGCAGCUGCCGCACCCAGCUUUGAUGCAGCAGCUCCCACAGCAAUCCCAGCACCACCACCAAGCCCAGCACCCUAAUAACAAACUCGAGCACUAUCACAUUUUCGUCGGCGACCUGAGUCCGGAAAUUGAAACGCAGAGCUUAAGAGAUGCCUUCGCGCCGUUCGGUGAAAUAUCCGACUGCCGGGUGGUUCGCGAUCCACAGACCCUCAAAUCGAAAGGAUACGGCUUCGUCUCGUAUUUGAAAAAAUCAGAGGCGGAAUCAGCGAUCACAUCCAUGAACGGGCAGUGGCUCGGCUCCAGGUCCAUCCGCACCAACUGGGCCACAAGAAAACCACCGGCUCCGAAGAAUGAACUGAACUCCAAGCCUCUGACUUUCGACGAGGUCUACAAUCAGAGCUCCGCCAGCAAUUGCACGGUGUACUGUGGAGGUCUGACCACCGGCCUCACCGAAGAACUCAUGCAGAAGACCUUCCAGCCAUUCGGAACUAUUCAGGAGAUCAGAGUCUUCAAGGACAAAGGAUAUGCUUUCAUCAGAUUCUCGACAAAGGAAAGUGCCACCCACGCAAUCGUUGCUGUCCACAACACGGAUAUCAACGGUCAACCAGUCAAAUGCUCUUGGGGCAAGGAGUCUGGUGACCCUAACAACUCGCAGGCUCAAGGACAGCUGGGCGGCACAGCUUACAGUCCGUUUGGGACAGCUUACACCGCUAGCGGGGUGCCCCCUGCUUCAUACUGGUACAACACGUACCCUCAGCAGAUCGGUGGCUUCCUGCAGGGCGUCCAAGGCGUGCAGGGGUACACUUACGCUGGACAGUUUGGAUAUCAACAGCAGUACAUGGGGAUGGGUGGGGUCCAGAUCCCGUGGGCGCUGGGCGGUGGCGUGGGCGGGGUGGGCGGCGUCGGCGGCGUGGCUGCCAUGUCGCAGCCGCCGCAGGUGCUCCACUACCCCGUGCAGCACUUCCAAGUUCAGCCCAUUGGAGAGGACGAAUGGCUGGCCCCAAGUCUCCUUGUCUGAGAGCAGCGCCCAGCACCCACCGAGCCUGCCCAAUGCUACUACCCAGAGGAAUAACCGCCCCAUUUCCGAGAAGUCUCUUCAAAAACUACUGUCGUAUCCUUGAAGCUUAAAGUUUCCCGCGUCUGUGAAGUUCUAGCUUUGUGCUUCUGACUUACCUGUAAGGUUUUUCGUUUGGCAGGCAUAGGUGUGUGCGAUCGUAAUGAUUACGGCUACGAGCCAACAUUUAACCAGCCCUCAAAGUGGAGGAGUUUGGGGGAAAUGUGAGUCAUACUUCCUUAAUUUUAACCGCCGCUUGCGAAUAACGCGUCAUAUAAUAAAAAGCUACAUAUAUUAGCGUAAGUUAAGUAGGUUUAAGCCGAUAUUAAACACACGGGCCAAUGAAGGUUGCGAUUUCGUUUAAGGAAACAGAGAGAUGAAUCUCUGAGGAGCUCGCUUCUCUGUCAUGUAUGCGAGUUGAUUUCCCGAGAUCUUGGAACGUACCAAACUCGAGCACAAGCAUAGCCAUAAGUUUAGAUGGAAUAUAAAUUUAGAUUUUUUGAAAACCUUUAAUAGAAUGUUAAAUGAGUUUAAGGGGCAACAUUUAGGAUUGUGAGUGAGAAAGAUAUUGAAAAUAAAUAAAUAAUAAUAAUGAUGAUGAUGAUGAUUAAAAGCAAAACUUUUUUUAACGCGCUACGACUCUAGUCAAAUCGGAAGCCACGAUACAAACCGACUAGUCAUUAUGUUUUUCGUAAAGUUCGAAAGCUCUUGAAUUACGUUAGUUUAUUCAUAAUAAUAAUUAAGGGCCUUUUCAAUGCCAAAUACAGAGAAAGUAAAAUUGAUUAAACUGAUACUGUUACGAGAAAGAAGGUUGUGUCUUAAAUAAUAACAAAAAAAAAUAAGAUACGUGAAAAACGAAAAAAAAAACUUCGAAAAUAUUAAUUUAUAAAAAAAAAAGAAUAAGUCACACAGAAACUUAGCGAAAAUAGAUUUAUUUAUUGUAUAGGUAAUCUUAAAGUUAAGGGAAAGAAAAAAAUAUUUAUUAAUAUUCGUAAUCUUAAGGGGCAUUUAAUCAUUUUACUGUAGAUUUGUAGAACCAGAUGAGGAGAGAGUGAAUGUUUUUCUCUAUUUCCAAAGAUAAAUACGAUAAAACUCGUGACGACACGACACCAUUUCAUUUUGUGGCUCGUUUUCUAUUAUUAUUAUUUUUUUUGAUGAAAUUAAACAGGCUCACUACAAAUAUAAUAAUAUCUAAUAUGUUUCCAAAGAAUAAAUACGAGUUUGGUCAUUUAUUGGAAAUUUAUCUGGACGUAUUGUGGGAAGACGCUAAAGAAAUAUGAGAGACAUCAUUCUCAUUGAGUAUUUAUAACGUGACGUAGAGGAGAAAGUGUAGCGCCCGGAACGAAAUAACGUGUCGUGAAUUUAUCUUCAAAAUGCGGGUAUGGAAUGAGCUGACGAAACGCACAAAUUCUGUUACGUGUGUCAGCCUCGGCUUCACUAUCGUUCAUCGAAACGCUACGCCGACCUUGUUUAAAUAUGUGGUAUAUUGUAGAAAGAAAAAAAAAACGUAGAAUCAUCUUUUUUGAUAUCUUUUUGACAGCGCACGUGUCUGUCCACGGCGCCUAUUGAUAAUAUAAUAUUUUAUAAAAGAUGUAUUUUAUACAUUAUAUUCAAUGUUAUCGGAUGUUUCGGUACUAUCCGUCAUUUUAUGUCGUCAUAAUACAUUAAAAUAGCAGGCGGAUUUAGGCGUGUACAAUGUUUUUUAUUUACAUAAAAAUACAUGUAGCAAAUACACGUACUAGUUCGUUACUGCAGCGCUCCGGACGUGCGUUCAAGGGCGCGUCCAAGCAUCAACUGAUCGCAAUCGACAAAAUGGCGGAUAUACUGAUGCAUCUAUAUCUUUUGACUGUCUUUUAUUUUAUCCAUUCUGCUUUCGUUUCGCGUAGAUGAAAACUCGAUAAAACAUAUCGCUAGUUAUUAUUAAUAAGGUAAUAUUAUUAUUAUAUAUGUAUUAUAAUAUAUUGGAAGUAGACGUAAAUAUUUUUUUUCCGGUUCAAAAAUACGAAUCACAUUGUCAAUUUGGGAGAUAUGGUCAAUGAACGUGAAUUGAAACCAAGGUAUAUUUUGUAUUGUGCCAUGACGGAAACUGUCGGAACGACUUUGGCUAUAGUGUGCCAUAAAAAAAAAUUCGAGUAAAUUAAUUCAAUUAAAAAACUCGUUCACGUAAACGACGCGCUCUCUCGCGGCUCGAAUGAAAAGUAAAAAUAAUUGAAUUGAGUUUUUUAAUUGAAUCCCCUGAGUGUGCGUUUAAAAAUGCUUAUACAAUACAAAUUGUAUCUUUAAAUCGACGUCGAGGUACGACCUCUUUGAAACAUAAAUAUAUCAGAUAUUUGAAUUCAUAAAAAUAAUAUUGACGAAAUACAUAAUAAUAUUUAGAUAGACAAAUUUAGAUGUAUAGUUGUCGAAUAACGCUAGAGUUUUAGGUGAGAAAAUCAUUAAUGCCUAUAUCUGCUUGAAUAAUGUAAACAUUAAACAUUAUUGGAAUAGUAGUUUAUAUAAGCGAAAAUUUCUAAUUUAAGAUCGAGUGUUUUCCUUCCUCUUAAUUGUAUUUUUAUCUCGAAAUAAACGUGCGCGUUGAGUUUGGCAUCCCGGAAAUAAUAUCAAACCGAGAAUUAAUUAAGAUAAACAUGUAAAGAAAAACAAUCGGUGAUAUAUUUUCAAGGAUAAAACUUACGUUGUCUUUCAAUAAAAAGGCAGGGUCGUCAUAAAAUCGAAUUUUAUUAAAAUUCAUAGAAUUCCACAUUACACAUUUGAAUUGUUUAGGUACGCAACGAAUGUAUCAUACAAAUUAUAAAAUUAUUUCAACGUAAUUUUAAAGAUAAAUAAUAAUUUGAAUACAGAGAGCGAUCAAAAGCUCCGAUUCAAUUCAUUAUCCCCCUGAGUCGGGGGGCUUUGUAAGUUCAGCUCCCAAAGUUUCCUUUUUUUUAUUGCUUAGUCAUGUGGACGAACCCACGGCCCACCUGGUUUUUAAUGGAGCCCAUAGACAACUACAACGUAAAUGCCAUCACCCACCAUGACUCAGUUUUUACAGUACAACGACUGCCUCGCUCUACAAACCGAAUCGCAUUACUGCUUCACGGCAGAAAUAGGCAGGGUGGUGGUGCCUAUUUGUGCGGACUCACAAGACGUCCUACUAUCAGUAAUAGCAGUGGCAUUUGUCAAAAACAUGCCAACUCCCACUUUGUUUCUUAAAAGUUACUCUACAGGGCCGGAUUUAGGGGAGGGAAACUAAGGCGAAAGCUCUGGAGCCUCCACAAACGGAGAACCCGCACAAUAGAGACGUUGGAAAAAAAUCUUUCAAAUUCCGACAAGUAAACACUAGUAAACAUAUUUUCCUUCUCCUUCGAUAUUCUUUUACGGGUAGGUACCACCACCCCGCCUAUUUCUGCCGUAAAGCAGUAAUGCGUUUCGGUUUGAAGGGUGGGGCAGCCGUUGUAACUAUACUGAGGCCUUAGAACUCAUAUCUCAAGGUGGGUGGCGCAUUUAAGUUGUAGAUGUCUAUGGGCUCCAGUAACCACUUAACUCAGGUGGGCUGUGAGCUCGUCUACUAACCUAAGCAAUAAAAAAUUAAAAUUAAAUAUUUCAGAUAAUACUGGUCUCCGAUUAUAUUUAUGUACGUUUGAUAAAUACUAAGAGAAUCUACACGGUUUCACAAUAAAUUAUUUAUUGGAAAAUUCGACUGAAAUAAUCUUUCAUUUUAUUUGGAAAAUAAUUUGGGGCCAUAGGGCCUUCGUUCCUCUGUUGCUACGAGGCCUCCAGACCUCUAAAUACGGCCCUGCCACGCUAUAGUACGCAGCACUAAUAUUACCAGCCUGAAUUCGGUUCUGAUAACGGAGGAUCUAGAACUAAUCAUAUCGCACGUAGCUCCUUCAUCGAAAUUCCAGAUCAAAUAAAAAUACGAUUAAAAAAAGUCUGUCGAUCACAUUACUGCCUUCACCUUGCUAUAAAACUCCUUCAGAGUCUAAGAACAUUAGUUAAGAUUGUAUAUUAUUAAUAAUAAAAUGAAUACAUAUUGCUUCGCUAUCUUGUAGGUUAACAUCCGAAAUGGAUUUAGCUAGGCGAAAAAUAUAAUAUAUAUAUAAUAAUAUAUAUAUAAAUAUAAAAAAAAAACAAAAAUUAAAAAUAUUCAUCGUUUAGAUAGGCUAUUGAAAUUUUCCGUUUUUCGUGAAACAUUUUUUUUUGUAAAUUAAUUUUCGUAACUAUUUCAUUUAUAAUUUUUUUUCAAUUGAAUAAACAUCCAAAAUUGUAUAUAUAUAAUUUAAGUCCCAACUUAUAACACCAAUGUUUUUAUAUACCAAAAAAAAUGAUAUAUUUAAGGAUCGCGACGUGAAUUUAAAAUAAUUUCUUUGAUCCGAAUUCGCGACGUGGCACUGCUUCGACUAACUCAGGAUUAACUCUAUGUUAUAUUUGUGCAAAAUUAAAUAUGUUAAUGACAAUAAUGUGAUUUGUUUCGUCUAAAGGCGAAGAUAAACCAUUUUAUGAAUCUAUCUAGAAUCUUUACAGGACAAGAAUGUUCGUAUAAAUUUUGCGACAUUAUACCAACGGGAGCUACUAAAUAUCUCCGUGAAUAAAUGUUCUCACUUAAUACAUACAUCGAAAAGUGUAAGGAUAUUUGGUUUAGGCGACAUUUAUCUUUGCAAUUAAAAGUCCUUUUUGACGUGACAACGUCUUAUAAUUCGAUGGAGCCGGCUGCACGCACGAAAAAACAUGACUCAUUGAGGCGUUCCAUUUAAGGCUUGAAGUGCAAGCGAGAGCGCGCAACGAGCGACAAAGAGGCACAAUCGGCCUCCGCGUUCGGCAGCGUUCGACAUCUGUCUCUCUCCUAUUUGAGUGAGCGAUGCAUCCGCGUGGACAGCUGCUAUACAAAAAUGAAACCAUUCCAUCAGUAUUUUCUUAUGACGUCGUCACGUUCAACUAUCGUCAGUAAACCGACUUUACAGACAACCGAUUUUUUUUAAUUGAACUUAAUUAAAUUUACUUCAUUCAAAUAACUGAAAAAUUUAUUUAAUUGUGGUAUUUUUUCCAAAAUUUAACCUUUAAAUGGCCCUCCUGUAAUGUUGCAAAAAUGUCACUUAAAUCAAACACUCUUUCACCCCUCGACAUAAUACAGUACCCGACGACAAACAUCGCACUUCGACCUUCGAGAAAGAGACAAUCGGCUAAUUCCGGCUUCGUAUAGCGCUGUCUCUGUCACACCAAUCACUAACUAAAGUCCGAUAUUUGUUAGGAUCGCGAUUUAUUGAACUUGAAUGACGAUUGAGAUGCAUCAUCUAAGUAAAGAAAAGUGAUAAAGGAUGUAUAUUUCAAGAAUAGACUCGAAAUUAAAUCGAUUAAAUGAAAAAUAAAUAUUCAAGAAACCAAAACACAUUGUUAGCAUUUAAUACUUUUAAAGUUGCAAGUUUCCCCUCUCUUUCUUAUUUCUAUAAACUAUUUUUAUAUAAACGAUUAUUUAUAUAAAAAAUUUAAAGAAAAAUCGGCUUAGGAUCUUUGCAGUCACACACUUAGCUUGACGAUUAUAAUUCGCGUCGAUCGCAGCCCAAGCAAUUAUGAAGGGUCAAUCAUUAUUUGAAAUUCACGUCCGACAUUGAUCGUAGUCUCAUCCUCUCGAUUCUACAUUAACUCGAUGCCUUAUGUAUCUUAUAUGACCUGUGUAUCUCAUGUUUCGUAGUGAAUGCGUCACAGAAUAUAAAGAAUGGUAUUGCAAUGAUUGGUAAUGUGUAUUAGAGACAAUAGUUAUUAUAUAACAAAUUUGAGAAGCACCACGAUUUUACGUUAAAACUGUCUUUUUAAAAUUACAGCGAAUGCGAAGUUCGUGAACCCACGUAUGACGUCAUUUGUUAGGUCACGUUCGCACUGCAAUGUUGAAUAAUUAAAACAGAAACGUGGUUGGGUUAUUUAAAACAUUUUUAGUUGUAAAUAUUUCAUGGCAUGCAUUGUGGAGCGUUUCUAGAGGGCACCUUUUCUUUUUUCCUACCUAUGCUGAUAGCCUUGAGAGAAUAUAUCAGGUUUACCUUAGCAUGCAGGUGAGCUCUCGGGGCUCAAACCGGAGGUGUUGCCAACACUGGCCCUAGCAAGAGCAGUGCUUUGCAGAAUCUAUCAUAGGAACAUCUAGCUGCAGCUAAGCUGCGAUAAAACAAUAAACGCGAGAUUAAAUAAUUAUCCAGAUAAACCUUUGGAAUCCUUUGCAAUACCAUUCUCAAUAUGAAAAGUGCCAAACGUAUUGUUUUUUUGUUAUAACAGAAUCGAAAAUCCAUUCUCCCCCUACUUAAAAUUGAUAACACCAAUUUCUCAGACUUAUUUAAAAAAAAAUUGUAUCCUUAAAGGACGAUUCUAAAUUGAACUUCUUCGAGCUCUGUAUGCGUUUGAAAUUUCUAGAGUGAAAAAAAAUCAACGUUCCCAAGUUUGUAAUUUAAAGUUCUAGAUAUUUCUAGAAUCAAGAAGAAUUUGUUUUUUACUUCUCAAAUGACCUCGAGUGACGAUACCGGGAGAUCUCUGUCACUCCACUUGUCAGUCUGUGUUUUUUAUGUCUGGCAAAUAAUAAUAAAAUACAGAGCUCUGAAGAAUGUAGGUAUUAGACGUGAUUAGAUAAUACUCUGUGUUCUUUUGUUCUUAUGUGUUGAGGUUCCUUGGAAUACACAUGUCUAUUUAAGAAAUAAUCUUAAAUGACAGCUGUCAGGUUAGACAGCUGUCAAUCGAACGGGCAUUCUCGGGGUUAGCACGUCGCGAUGAAAUAUCCUUCUACAAACGUGGUUUGGAAAGGGUCUUUGGUUGUGCCCCCCAGGAUUGUCUAUGACAUUAGCCACUCUAUAUAAUUUAAGGCCAAAUAUUAAACAGAAAUGUGCAAUAUAAUUACGUCGAUAUCUGUAUUCCAUUGAUCCUCUUGUAGUAAUUUCAUAUUUCGUCUUAGAGUAUGCUAGAUUUUUUUGUUGUUUCGUAGUUCGGAUUGUACAAUGACGGUCGCGUGCUUGAAUAAAUACCGCGUUAUAUCACAUUGAAAAAAAAAACUUUUAAAGAAUAUGACCAUCGUGAUAGUGAAAAACGUGAUAAUAUUUUUUGAAAUAUAUAAAAAUCGAUGUACGGAUAUUUUAGUCCCCAUUUUAGUUUUUUUUUCUUUCUUUCUUAUUUCUUUCGUCUCUUUCUGAUUGGAGUCGGUUGUUUUUAAAUUUCAUAAACGAAUCCACGGCACACAUUGGUGUUGUUAUAAAAGGCAAUAACCAUGUAUAAGGAAUAUCUUUGUGUCUGCCGAUAAAAUCGAUGACGAUGACUGUCCAUAAAUUAAUUUAUUUACAAUAAAGAUCGUUCUAAAGAUUAUUUAAUUCAAAAUUAAAAUCACUCCCAAAAUGAUAAAAAUGAUUCGAAUUAGUACUAAUGUAAAUGGCCGGACCAAAAUCAUGAUUGAAAAAAAUUCAGCCAGUAAUCAUACCUACAAGAUCUAGUGAUUACUAUAAAUACUAUUAUUUAACUGGUUCUUGCCACGAUUUUUAGUUUUAAUGUGUUCCCGAUAUUUGGGACGUGUUGCGCGCGCUACGGUCGCAGGCAGACUGCGGAUCUAAGGAUGUUAGGAGCAGACAAAUCUGACUACCCUCUUCCUAGUCAGUUUUUUGGGUGUUACCACUGGAACGUGAUGACUCUCCAACAAUUUAGACUUACGGUAUUAAUUUUUUUUUUGAGAAAAUUUGAGAGUAUUUUGUUUUUAGACUAUAACUAAUACCGGAUUUGAUUCAUUUGAUAAUUCGAAGCAAUCACAAUACGAAUCAAUUAAAUCAUAGUGUCUAUAAUGAUAAAUUUUAUUUUUAAAACAAAUUUCAACAUUUAGCGAUUGGCAUAUUUCACUUGGUGACUUCAAAACCAGGUUUCGAGAUUAUGACUUGUCCGAAGAUGCUAUAAGUUUGGAUCACUGACUAGUGACGUCGUAAUGUGACAAAUUAUUUUGAUAAACACAGCGAAUUUUUAAGUCGAUUUAUCUCUUGCAUUAUAUAAUAAAAUGAUCGAAUCCCUUCCGUUGGUUGGACAGUGGGAUCUAUGACGUGUUAAUAUUUUGACAUGUGUCACAUCUGUCAAAGAUUAAAGUUUUAUCGAAAAACAUAACCGACUCCAAUCGAUUAGUAGGUUUUUCGAUGUCUGUCUGUUCGUGAUUAAAUGUUUAGAUUUUCUUUUAUUAGUGGAUAUUGUAUUGUAUAGUUUUUCAUUUGUGAACAACGAUGCGAUGUGGUCUAUAAUUAUGUUAUAGAGUUAAUUAAACAGUUACUGAAUAGGCGUUGAACACCACCCGUUCCCUGAAAGCUGAACACGGAACUUUUAAAGCUAUAAAUUGACAGCGUUAUUAUUAUUGACAGGCGGAGGAGGCAUCGGCCCACCCGGCAGUGAAUGCUUAGCGUCACCGCUAAAAUAUUAUCUUUUUGACGUGAUAACGUCUUAUUAAUCGAUGUACACCGGCCGCUCACACGAAAAAGUGUCACGUUCCGUCUGACCGUGCAAGCGAGAGCGCGAAACAAGCGUUAGCUUGUGACACAUUUAUCUCUCUUCUCGCGUGACGUCAGAGCUAGCAGUUCGAAUGGUUCUGCUACUGACGUUAUCACGUAAAACGUAUCAUCCGUAAACCGACUUUACAGACAACCAAUUUUUUUUCUUGUUAAUCACUGGAGUCGUCAUAUACCCUACAUCGUAAAUGCAAUCCUGUGUCAAAAGUAUUGAGGUAUAUUUUUAAUUAUAUUCCCCUUUGUACUUAUUUAAAUGCAGACGUCUUCACGGCUCUGUGUACAGCGUGGUUAAUGCCUAUAACACGGCAGCGACAUUACUAUUACGAGGCAAUUUCAUUCGAUUCAACUUCGAAUGCCUAUUCACUAACUAAAAUGGCGUCGAUAUUUCGAAAAUAAGAUAAAAUCGCUUUUAAAGAUUUCCGUUUUUUUCUUCGAAAUACCCGCGUAGUGAGUUGAAUUGAAUUCGUAUCCAUUCAUCGUAUUGUAAACGGUGACGGAAGUCGAAAUGGUGGUGUGCGCGCAAUGGAAAACGUACAACAAUAUUUAAUACAACAACAAAAAAGUGUUUUAUGUGCCACAGGACGCAUGUCGUAUUGGUGUCCACAAUAUCGUGUAAACAAUGUAACGUCAGCAAUAAUUAAUACGCAAUAGUCGUGUGGUGUGUCUUUAUUUUACGUACUGCUAGUUCGGAGUUUUUGAAUAUUUUUUUUUGUUUUCUACCCGCGGAGUUAAUUUUUUGUCAAACAUCUCCUUGGUGAGCUUUUAGAAUGGUAAAAUGAGACAUGAAUGUGAUUGUUUUGUUUAUUAAGCUUUUUAUUGUGGAAUAUGAUGGAUUACGUGACAAUGACGGUAGUUUGAUAUUCGAAGUUGAAAGUUACUACAGUCGCAAAGCAUUUAAGUCCUUUUGCUUGACUAGCGUAAUAUAAAGCCGGGUAGGCACUCACGUAAACAUCUAAGAAGUUACACUUCGUUGACGCAAUUGAAUUGUUCACGAACUUUUACAAAAUCCAUUCGUCGCAAUACAAUUUUACUCAUAAAAAUCUUUAUACACUGUUCUAACAAUGUAAUCAUUUGUGUAAUUCAUUUUGAAUCGUUUCCCUAAGCGCGCCGGAAAAAAAUUUAGUUCAGGUAAUGACCGGACAUUUUUCAAGGACAAUCACAACAUACACAACACUCAUCAACUUUUGAGGUGAUAACUUCUUAUGGGAGGGAAGAUCGCUUCGUUACGUAACGCGUUACGGCGCCAGUCUGUCUGGCUUCUCUUUCUCUCUCGCACACGGUAGCGAUGAGAGAAAGAGAAGAUGAGAACGGAUGUAACUCCUAACGAUUUAUAUACCUUGAUCAAUUUAUAUUACAAUUUUCUUUACAUUACCAUAUUAAUAUACCAUAUAAAGCUUAAGUAAUAACCUAAGCUUUUCUCAAGUUAAACAAUUUCAAUAUUAAAUAGUUCAACUUAGAUUAGUUUAAGUUAUCACUUCUGUCGGGCGUCCCGAUACGCACAUUUUUGUUUUUUUUAUAUACACAGUAGAUGUUACCAGCUCGUUCAAGGGAAAGUGCCGGUUUGCGGAACGGUUGUGCUGGUAAUAAACAAUUCGUGGGCAUGACAAAAGCAUCAAUGAAGAUGAGCGUCAUGUGAACAAGAACCAAAGAGUUAACCUUUGAAUUUAAACUAACCAAAAUCAUUCUUAUCUGUUAUUUUACGUCCUGAUUAGACCGGCUCAUUUCUGUAUUUAAUUCGUAAAGGGAAUUAGUAGCGUUCGAUUAAUAUAUCCAAGGAGAAGUUUGACAAUUGCUUCGCUCAAUCUUUUGAACGGAAACUUGAUUAGGCAGGCUUGCGUUCAAAAUGGGUGCUAUGAGUGACAUGUAUCUUUAAAAUUUAACUUAAAACUAAUUAGGGGUUGUGGCGUGUAAAUUUAAUAUCGUUACUACGAGUAUAAUUGUUUGUUUUUGUAGAUAACUUUCGGAUCGCCAUGUCUAGUUGUUGAACUGACUGAAGUACUAAGUUUUAUAAUAAUAAUAAAUAACUGGGAACAAAUUACUCACGAUCAUCCAGUUUCAAUUAAAAUUUCCUCUAUUAUAGGUACCAGAAACCAUCAAACAUACUGAUAAAUGCAUAAAUAUAGACAUAUAUAGAUAAUAAACGCUCAAACAAAGAGCAAAUUAGCCUGUUUAUCAUACAAAAGUUUGCCCGAUGUGGGGAUCGAACCUACGACCCUCAGCGCAACAGUUAAAGUCGCUAAGUCACCACCGAGUCAGUCAUCAAAGUUUCAUUGUUUUAUGUCGAAAGGGAGUGCUGUAAGGAACUGUUUGAGAUGAUACUAUGAUCACGUUUUUACCAUCACACCGCCCGCCACCGGAGUAGAGUUCAUCCAUACUACCUGGAGACACUGCGGUCAUCCACAGUGCGCUUCCAGAGACCUUUUUUGCCACGUACCAUCCGGCUUUGGAAUGAGCUCCCCUCCACGGUGUUUCCCAAGCGGUAUGACAUGACCUUCUUCAAACGAGGCUUGUGGGAAAGUACUUAACGGUAAACAGCGGCUUGGCUCUGCCCCUGGCAUUGCUGAAGUCCGUGGGCGACGGUAACUACUCACCAUCAGGCGGGCCGUAUGCUCGUCUGCCUACACAGGCAAUAAAAAAAAGCCGUAUUAAAAAAUACAACUUUUUUUCAAUUAAAUUUACUUAUUUCAAUACAAGCCUUUCGGACUAGAAUCAGACAUAGAAUCAUUUACUUUUGACAAGUUGAUCUUUAAGUCGGUAAAGUUUAACUCAAGCUAAUAGAACGUGUAGUAAGUUUCACGAUUCAUAACACGUCAUCUGAAGGCUUCACUUUCGAAGUGUUGCUAAGAUUAUAAUCAAAUUCAUCAAUGCAAAUCGAUUUUAAAUUUACGCGAUCCAACCCUAGGUCUUGAUCUAGAAAAAAAAAACGUAUUGAAUCUUUUUUCAUUCUUACGAAUAUUAUAUUUAUAUUUUCUACCGUCCAUAAUGUUGUGUUGUAUUAAUUAGUUUGAAGCGAAAAAAUCUUCUAAGCGCGUCUCAGCCCCAUUCAAAUUCAAUGUUAUGUUACGAAACAAACUUAAAGACCAGAACUUUAAAGAAUUUCAAACGCGCGAGAUUAAACCGUAAAACUAAUUUUAAUUAAAAGAACGCGUCACUGAUUUUUAAUCUAAAAUCGUAUACGUAAUUAAAAGUAAAUUUACGGUUUAAUCUCGCAUUUUAAAUAACAUUAGUAGAAUUUCCGGCGUUUCGUUCUGUUUUGUGCUAAUAGAACCUUCAAAUGUCUAUGAGUCGCCUCUGGCCACGAAAUCUGUGGGAAUCUCGAAGCGUCGGAAAUAAUUUAAUGACAGUAAAAAAAAAAGCGAAAUUAAACCGUAAAAUUAGUUUUAAUCGCGUCAAAUAAAACGCGUGUACCGAAGUGAAAUACCUUAUCCCGUUUUUUUCAUCCUAGUCUGACUACAUAUGUACAUACAAGUAUAUUUAUUUAUAAUUUAAGAUUUCUUUAUAUUAUCUUCGUUUAUAGUAUGUAUCUUCAUAUAUUUUAUUCAUAAUUUUUUUUCGUCGGUAAAACCCGUUUUUAUUUAUUUAUUAUUACGAAACAAUUUAGAGGAAAUUUAGAAUUAUAAAAAAAAGAAGAAGAAAACAUAGAAUUUUAAGUAUUUAAAAGUAAGUCUUUGACUAUGUUACGUUAUGUUUUUUUGUUAGUUGCUUUCUUUGUUCGUUGUACGAGGUGCGAGGGAGAAAAAAAAUUCGUUAUGCUCUUGAAGAAUGUGGUAACUAAUAAAUUUUAUUCGUCAAAAUCAAAACUCAAAUCCUUCGUACCUCGGUUGUUAUUAAUUUAAAAACAAUGUUACGUUGAUAAUUCUAUCUUUUUCAAAGAUUGUAUUUAUUACUAGGCAGUAUAUUAUUAUAUUAUUAUACUAUGUAGUUACGCAUCUACAUAUUAUUAUUGUAAACAAAAUAGUUAUAUGAUACCUAUGACGUUAGUGUAUAAGGAAAUAAAUAAUAAAUAAACAA